GCGGCCGUGCUGACCAUCGCCCCGGUCUUCUGCGCCAUGGGGUUGUUGGGCAUCCUGGUGUGCAACCUGCUGAAGAAGAAGGGUUACCACUGCACCGCCGGCAAGGACCCCCAGCCCGGCGGCACCGGUCCCAGCUCCAUCUACCAGCUGGAGGACCCCAAUGAGGACACCAUCGGGGUGCUGGUGCGGUUGAUCACCGAGAAGAAAGGUCAGCGGUGUCCCUGGAGCCAGAAGAAGUGGCCCCAGGUGCUGCCACCGCUCAGUGCCCCCAAGGUCCCCAAACCCGGGGGGCGUCCCGGUGAGGUCACCAUCCUCUCUGUGGGCAGGUUUCGGGUGUCCCGGAUCCCUGAGCUGAGGAGCGAGGUGGGGGGCGAAUCCCCUCGAGGUCCCCUCCCCGCCGGCAGC